AUGUAUGUUAAAACUCAAGUUGCCGCCUUAAACUUGCCUUCUUCACCUGAGGAAUUUGUUGGAUCGAACAAUGCAGAAUUUUGCAAAGCAUUUGAAGAUCCGCAUUUAUGGUCAACAAUUCCAUUGCUUAAUUACACACCGCUGCACAAACUGAAAGAUUAUUCUGUGGUAAGAUUUCGUGGUAUGAUACAGGAUAUGCUCGAUCCCGAAAUAUAUUUGGAACGCUAUGAGGUUAAGAAGAAGGAUGGUUCCAGUGGAUCUGGAGAAGUACGUAUGCAACAGGGAAAAUAUCGAGAUUGCUUGCUGUUUGGAAAGGAUGAGGAAGUUAAUUAUCAUUCCGAAACCAAUGUACAGGGUGAACGACGGGUUCUCUUUGUGGUUUCUAUACCGGGAAUAAAUGAUUGGGCUAAAAGCUACGAAGAGGAUUGCAACAAACGCAAUGUUCCUGAAAUAAUUGCAGACCAAACUCCUUCUGCAAAUCAAUCAGUGAAAAGAUCAGCUCCCGAGGAAGAAGAUAUGGAUACAGAUUGCAUCAAUGCAGAAGAAGCGUUAUCGUGCACAAACAGUGCACAAAUGGAGGUUAAGAAACGACAAAAGGUUGAAGUUUCCGCUACUAAUGGGAGUAAAGCCUCUGCAUCCACCUGCCUCGGGGCGGAUUACCUACUUAAUUCUCCAAUACCCGAUCGGCCAAGUAAAGCAUGCAUGGUUAAGGUGUAUAAAGACUUCGAUUCAUAUACCAUAAAUACAAUUGUGGAUGUAGUAGGCUUUUUGUCGGUUGAUCCAUGUUUGGAUGGCACUACUAUGGACGUUGACUAUGACAAUGUUGGUGAAUUGCAGGCUCAAAAUCCACCUCCAUCUUUAAUACCUCGUCUACAUGCCAUUGCUGUGCACGUACUGCCGCACGCAAAUCCACUGUUGGACAUACGCUUGGGCAAAGGAGAGGUGGACAGCCUUAGUGUGUUAUCUGUACAGAAGGAUUUGCGCAUGUUGCUGACAUUGUGUCUCUAUAAUGACGAUUUAGCGGCUGACUAUUUGUUGUCGCAUCUCAUUUCGACUGUGUAUAGCCGCUGCGAAUUGCAAAGCAUUGGAAAGUUUUCCCUAAAUGUGUGUAAUUUGCCAAAGGAAGCUGUGACAGAAUACACCAAACAACUCUAUGGAAUAUUAGAGCAGAUAUUGCCCGCAAGUCAUUACUUGCCAAUGACAUUGGAUAACAUGAACACUGCAGCAUUUGUUCCAAAAAAAGACUAUGAAACAAACAAAUUAGUAUCGGGCUUAUUACAAUUAGCACCUCAUACUCACCUGGUUUUAGAUGAAACCCGUAUGCAACAGGGUAAAUUGGAGGCAAAUGGUGUUAUGGGCAUCCAGAGUAUAGCGAAUCUCAUAAAUAAUCAACAAAUCAAAUGUAAUUUCCAAUACUAUGAAAUAGACUAUAAUGUCGAUAUUCCAGUUUUAAUACUGAGUGAAGGUCGUAGUAUGCUGCCAAGUGACAUCUCCUUACCAUUGAAAACUGACCCAGAAUCUGUCAAAUUGAUAACAGAGACUUUGAAGGCCGCUAAUCAUUAUUUAAGUCAAAAUUCUCGCCUGGAACAAUUUAGACGCUAUCUAACAAAUGCAAAAACAUCCAAUUUUACUAUGAAUCCGGAUGAUACAGAAAUGAUACAAAAUGAUUUUGUGGAAAUGCGUAAGACGAAUUCAGUCACUAGUGCCGACGAUUUACAUUCCCUUCUGGUGCUUUCACGACUCUUGGCCAUUGCUCGUGGAAAAGAAAUGUUGGAUAAAGAAUCAUGGGAAUUGGCAAAGGAAAUGGAAACGAAACGUCGCCAACGUAUUUCAGAAUUGCCCAAAUCUAAAUUGAAAACACGACAGCAAUAAUAAUUGUUAUACCAAUAUUAUGUUUUUUAUU